AUGCCUCAAGUUGGCCGCCGAAGACACUACGAAACUAUGGCAUUUCUCACGUACCUCCCAGUUCAGAAUGGGCACGCGGAAUUGGCCGGUGGGAGAGCGAUUCUCAGGACUUCUCACUCGCGCCACAUCGCGAAGAGGAGCAGAAAAGCAAGAAUUGACGCAAAAUUCCAAUGGGAUGACAACUCGGGUAAUAACGAUAACAAGAAACGCAACACACCCAUUUCCCGGAGGCAAGCAAUGCAGUUGCUAAACGGUGUCCUUGGCACUAUGACAGUUGGCUUGCUUUUCAAAAUGCGAGAGCAGUAUCGGUUGAUUUCACUUCAGACUAUCCUAGCGUCGAUAGGCCUAGGCCGCCUUCCAGCUCGCUCAGCAGUUCCAGCUGCCAUGGCAGCAAUCAACCAAGAAGACAGGGAGCGAUUCCAGGAUGCUUUGAAGUACGUUGCAAAGGUAGACAAGCAGGCAUUUGUUGAAUGCCCUGACUUUGCAAAGGGCUCUGAUUGGAUAAACAGCCGCCCGCUGAGCUUGAAUAAUGAGUUGAAAGAAAAAGUUGUACUACUGGACUUUUUCACUUACUGCUGCAUUAACUGCCAGCAUGUGCUCCCAAAGCUAAGACAGCUCGAAAUAAAGUAUGGAGAGGAUGGUUCUGGAGGUGUUGUCGUUGUCGGUGUACAUUCAGCGAAAUUCUCGGCGGAACGGGAAACGAAAAAUAUCGCAGCUGCCGUUGAACGGUAUGACGUGAAGCACCCAGUGAUAAAUGACGAGAAAAUGGAGCUUUGGAAUGCGAUUGGAGUUAGCUCAUGGCCAACGCUUGUCCUUCUUGGGCCGAAAGGCAAUUUGCUCGCGGUAUGGUCUGGCGAGAGACAAGAACAGGAUGUCGACAUGAUUAUUGCAGCAGCAUUAGAGUACUACACAGAUGAUGUUGACCACCGUCCGUUGCCAGCGGCUCCGAAACGUGACUCUGCUCUCAGAAAUCUGGCAGAUUCUCCGUUUAGGUACCCAGGGAAGUUGGCAUUUUCAGAAGACGGAAAGUCCCUCUUCGUUUCUGACACUGGGAACAAUAGAAUAGUCCAGUCGGACUCCAUCACCAGCAAAGUAGUCAAGAUUUUUGGGAACGGAGAUUCAAAGCUGGCAGACUCCUCUGAUCCUGCGACCGCGUCUUUCCAUGCUCCGCAAGGCAUUGUUGAACAUAAUGGAGUAUUGUAUGUUGCGGACAAUGAAUCACACGCCGUACGCGCGAUCGAUAUUGCCUCUGGGAAGGUUCAGACUAUUGGAGGAAACGGUGAGCAAGGAUUUGACUAUAGCGCCGGACGUGUGGGAAAAGCACAGCAGCUUUCUUCACCCUGGGAUGUGGAAGUUGUGAAUGGCACUCUCUACGUUGCAAUGGCUGGGACACACCAGAUUUGGAGUCUCGCACUUCCGCCGAAAGGAACGUUUGGUCCAUAUCUCAACCCGUGGACUGUUUUCUCCGGUUCAGGUCGUGAACUGGAGAAGAAUGCCUUGUCGGGGAGACAGGCAGGUUGGGCGCAACCUAGUCAUUUGAGCGCGGCAGAAGACGGGCUGAUGUUCGUCGCCGAUAGUGAGUCUAGUUCUGUGAGAGCUAUCGACACGACAGCAGGUAGCCAUCCUACGAAAACAUUGGCUGGUGGGGAUGGUCUCCUUGCUGAAAACCUCUUCGCUUUUGGGGACAAAGAAGGGCGUGGAGCCCGAGCACGUUUCCAACAUCCACUAGCAGUAUGUUUUGACGACAAGCGUAAAGCUCUGUACGUCGCUGACUCUUACAAUCAUCGUAUCAAGGUCAUCGAAGAAAAUGGAGAAGCGAAGAACUUCUGCGGAAAGGGAACUCCAGGAUAUCGAGAUGGGGCCGCAAGCGAGGCAAUGUUCUGGGAACCUGCUGGUCUUGCCUUAUCUCCUGAUGGAUCACACCUGUAUGUUGCCGACACGAACAACUUUGCCAUUCGUGCAAUUGAUUUGAACACUAAGAAAACGUCGACUAUUAACAUUGCCGUGGCACCGCCGAGUGCAUCUACUCAGGCAGAUGACAAGCCUCUAAUUGUCAACAGACGUCGAGCCGUGAAAAUUCCGUGCGGACCCGUUAAUCGGACAGGGCAGGUCAGUUUUGUCAUUAAUUUGCCCGAAAAGUCGCACUUCACCCCUGGCACUUCAAGCCGUUUUCAGCUCAACCUGAUUGGGACAGUACCAGAAGCAGGUCAAUCAUCUACCCAAAUGACCAAAUUGUCGAGUGGAGCGAUGGCGCUAAAAGGGCAAUCAGGCAGAUUUGACAUCGAUCUUUCACCGUUUUCACGAAAGCUCAAAUCUGUAGAGAGUUUGGAAGUUGAAUCUGUCACAUAUUAUUGUACAGAAGAAGAUGACGUGUGCAGGGUGGAGUCAGACGUUUUCACUGUCCAACUUGACUCAGUCUCUACUGGCUCAGAUCCAAUUGUACACACGAUUGUCCCGAGAAUCAUUCAGCAGCCAUCCUUCAACAAAACUGCUUAG